CAAACCUGAGGAAAAUGCCGCAGCUGAACAGCGGUGGAGGGGAUGAUCUGGGGGCGAACGAUGAAAUGAUCUCCUUUAAGGACGAAGGAGAGCAGGAGGAGAAAGCCUCCGAGAACGCUCUCACAGAGAGGGACUUAGCAGACGUGAAGUCAUCGUUAGUCAGCGAGUCGGAGACUAACCAGAACGUGAAUCCUGCAUCCGAUCCAGGGGCGAUUAGACGUUCACAGGACAAUCAAAGAAUUUACCAAGACAAAUCCAGAGGUCACAUCGAUGACGCUUUAAAGCAGCGUCAAGAUGGAGGGACAUUCAAAGGGUCAGCCUACUCGGGGUAUCCCCACUUUCUGAUGCUCCAGGACCCCUACCUGCCUAAUGGAUCCCUUUCUCCAUCUUCAAACAAGGUUCCUGUGGUGCAGCCAUCCCAUGCAGUCCAUCCCCUCACACCUCUCAUCUCCUACAGCAAUGAGCACUUUGCCCCAAGUUCACACUCACCACACCUUCCAGCAGAGAUCAACCAAAAAUCAGGUUUGCAUCGGCCACCACAGGGUCCUGAUCUGGCUGCUUUAUAUUCUCUGUCUCCUGGUAGUACAGGACAGAUCACCCCUACAUUAGGCUGGCAAGGUCAGCCUGUCUAUCCAAUUACAUCAUGUGGAUUUAGACAACCUUAUUCUUCACCGCUUCCACCAAGCACUUCCAUAUCCAGGUAG